CCCACCAGCUGCUGUCAACUUUGUUUGCAAACCCAAGCGCGUCGUGGAAUCGUAAUUUUUAUUUUUCUGCAAUUUUUCUUGUGAAAACCCCGGAAAAUCGCCCCAAAAGGAAGUGCAAAUCGAAGGCAAGGUGCUCAACCUUCUCGAGAGGAAUUCCACAAUGUCCGACGGGGAGCAAACGCGCAGCAGCCGCCAGGAUCAGAAGCGCGAUCGCAGUGCUUCACGCGAUUCCCGUUUCGACUCCGAUGGACGCAGUCGAAAAAAGUUGUCCCGGAGGGAAAGGGAUUCGCGGUCCAGCCGUUCCAAAUCGAGGUCCCGAUCGCGUUCGAGGAGUGUAGAGCGCCGGCGCCGGCGAGAUGAUCGCCGACGGAGAACGCGUUCCCGGUCGGGUUCGAGGGGGCGUAGGGAUGAUGGUUCCCGUGGCGGGAGGAGGAGGGAGCGUCGUGAAUCGAGCCGGGAGUCCGGUGAAAGAUCACGAAGUAAGAGCGCAGAGCGGAAGAAAGCACCGGAAGUUGUGAAUAAAGUUGCGGAAAAGGAACAGGAAGGGGAUGAGGCGCUGCUGAAGGAUGAGAAACCGGCGAUUCGGCGCACGGUUGAUUUGCUGACAUCGAAGACCGGAGGAGCUUACAUUCCUCCGGCUAAGCUGCGAAUGAUGCAGGCGGAGAUUACGGACAAAACGUCGGCGGCGUAUCAGCGGAUCUCCUGGGAAGCUCUGAAGAAGUCGAUUCACGGUUACAUCAACAAGGUGAACGUGGAUAAUAUCGGGAUCAUCACGAGGGAACUGCUCCGGGAGAACAUUGUCCGCGGACGGGGUCUGCUUUGUCGGUCGAUUAUUCAGGCUCAGGCUGCGUCCCCGACAUUCACCCACGUCUAUGCAGCGCUGGUCGGGAUCAUCAACUCGAAGUUUCCGAACAUCGGAGAGCUACUGUUGAAGAGAUUGGUCAUCCAGUUCAAGAGAGGAUUCCGGAGAAACGACAAGAGCAUCUGCCUUUCGUCUUCUCGAUUCGUAGCCCAUCUGGUAAACCAGCGGGUAGCUCACGAAAUCCUGGCCCUGGAGAUCCUAACGCUGUUGGUAGAAAAUCCUACCGACGAUUCCGUCGAGGUGGCCAUUGCCUUUCUCAAGGAAGUGGGCCAAAAGCUGACGGAAGUGUCCGGCAAGGGAAUCAAUGCCAUCUUCGAAAUGCUGAAGAACAUCCUGCACGAAGGCAAGCUGGAUAAACGAGUGCAGUAUAUGAUAGAGGUGGUGUUCCAGAUCCGGAAGGAUGGCUUCAAGGACCACAUUGCGGUGGUGGAUGCGCUCGAGCUGGUCGAGGAGGACGAUCAGUUUACGCAUUUAAUCAUGUUGGAUGAGGCAACCGACGCACAGGAUAUCCUGAAUGUCUUCAAGGUGGACAACGAGUACGAGGAAAACGAAUCAAAGUACAAAGCCAUCAGCAAGGAAAUUCUGGGCAGUGAUGCCAGUGACGACGAGGAUGGUGGUGGUUCCUCGAGUGGAAGCGGUAGUGGAAGUGAUUCCGAUGACGAGGAUGCCAGCGGUAGUGGCGAGGAAGGUGACGAAACCAAACAGCAGCUGAUCGUGGACAAUACGGAGACGAACCUGAUUGCGCUGCGCCGGACAAUCUACUUGACGAUCCACUCCAGUUUGGACUACGAGGAAUGUGCCCACAAGCUGAUGAAAAUGGAGCUGAAGCCCGGCCAGGAGUCGGAGCUGUGUCACAUGUUUUUGGACUGCUGUGCCGAACAAAGGACGUACGAAAAAUUCUACGGACUGUUGGCGCAGCGAUUUUGCAUGAUCAACAAGAUUUACAUCGAGCCGUUUGAGCAGAUUUUCCAGGACACGUACACCACAACCCAUCGAUUGGACACGAACCGCCUCCGGAACGUUAGCAAGUUCUUUGCCCAUCUUCUCUUUACCGAUUCCAUCGGGUGGGACGUUAUGCGAUGCAUCCGGCUGAACGAGGAGGACACAACCAGUUCGAGCCGAAUCUUCAUCAAAAUCUUGUUCCAGGAGCUGGCCGAAUACAUGGGACUGUUCAAGCUGAACGCCCGCUUCAAGGAUCCCACACUGGCCGAGCCGUUUUCGGGACUGUUCCCGCGGGAUAAUCCCAAAAAUACCCGCUUCGCCAUCAACUUCUUCACAUCUAUCGGAUUGGGAGGACUAACGGACGAGCUGCGAGAUUUCCUCAAGCAUGCUCCCAAGCAGAUUGUUCAGCCGGUGGUCGCUCCCGUCCCCGAGGAGGAAGAUGCCUCCUCUUCGAGCUCGUCUUCUUCGUCGUCGUCGUCGUCAUCCGAUUCUUCGUCCGAUUCGAGUUCGAGCUCUUCCAGUUCGUCCGAUUCCGAUUCGGAGGACGAUCGUCGAAAAAAGAAAGGCAAAAAGGACAAACGGCUGGCAAAGACCAAAACUUCUGCCUCCAAGGAUAGGCAUUCGAAGCACAAGGAUGAGAGACGACCGCCGGAGAAUGGAGGCGGUUCCUCCAGGCGGGGCUAUGAAAGAGAGGAAGCCAGCGGAAGAAAUGAUCGAGAUCGACGGGAAAGAGAUGAUCGCCGGGAAGAACGUCGAGAAGAUCGUCGAGAGGACCGCCAUCGCGAUCGCGAUGAUCGUGGGAGGAAAGAGUACAGAGAUCGCGAUAAUGAACGCGGAAGAAGAGAUCGCGAUGAUCGAAGAAGAGACGAGGAGCAUUCUUCCUCUAGUCGCCGGAGACGGAGUGGAGAAAGAUGGUGAGAAAGUUUUCGUUUUCCUGUAUUGUGACCGUAGAAGUGGAAAUAUAAUCUUAGCAGUUUCAAACACUUAAA